CAAGAAGCCCUUCGUUUUAAACGCUCCUUCUUCACUUCUCUCCUACAGUGUGAACUCAAAAAAACUCGAACUUCAUCGUCUUUCUCUCUCAUUCGUCACCCCCUCACCGGCCAACCACCCACCGCCGUUUCAGUUUCUUUUUUCCCCUUUCUGAUCUUCCUUCAUACGCCUCAUUAAUUAAUAACCCUCUUUUUUUUUAAAUUCAUGAUUUGGGUAGAAGAUAAUCUUCGCCCGAAUUUCAGUUCCCCGUGGUGGACGGUGCGAUGCGUCGGUUUCUGGUGCUCUGCUGUUUCUCCGUUGCUGUUUUCUCGCCGCCGGCGGUCUCUUCCCGCCGGGACGCGGAUCUUUUGCUCCGGGUGAGAACUCGCCGGCUGGUCGACGACAAUGGGGUGCUCGGCGAUUGGAGCGGUCCGGGUGGUCCGUGUAAUUGGACGGGUGUUGCGUGUGACGGCCGGAGUGGAGACGUGGUCUCGAUUGAUCUCGGCGGGCUCGGUGUUUCCGGCGGAUUCCCGGCUGAUUUUUGCCGGAUUUUAUCCCUCCGGCGACUGAACCUUUCAGAUAACUAUUUCGGCGGGGAGAUUAGUGCCGGUUCUUUUUCUCUCUGCUUCCGUUUGGAGAUUCUGGAUCUCUCCUCGAAUCUUCUGGUGGGGGAGUUGCCGGAGCUCCGGCGGGAUUUCGAGAACCUCACUGAACUGUACCUUCAUUCGAACAACUUCACCGGCGAAAUCCCGGCUAGUUUCUCCCGGAUGAGGAAGCUGGAGAAGCUGAAUCUCGUGAACAACCUCCUGAACGGCACAAUACCGGAGUGGCUGUGGAAUCUCACCGAGUUGACUCACCUCGAAAUUGCCCUCAACCCGUUCGCGGCGAGUCGACUCGCUCCGUCGAUCGGGAAUCUGGGGAAGCUCGAGCUUCUCUUCGCCCGGCAAGCAAACAUCAUAGGACCCAUCCCGCAUUCCAUCGGGAGCCUGAGUCGCCUCAGGAGCAUCGAUCUCUCUUCCAACAAACUUUCCGGCGAAAUCCCGGAGACCAUCGGAGGAUUGAGAAGCGCCGAACAGAUACUCCUCUACGACAACCGAAUCUCCGGCGAGUUACCGGACACAUUCUCCAACCUCACCUCUCUGGCUUUCUUCGACGCUUCCCAAAACAGGUUAACGGGGAAAAUCCCCGAGAGCCUCGCCGGAUUACAUCUCGUAUUGCUGCAUCUAAACGACAACAAUCUCGAAGGUGAAAUCCCAGAUGUCUUAUCUCUGAACCCGAAUCUCAGUGAACUGAAGCUCUUCAACAAUAGAAUCACCGGCGUCCUGCCGGAAAACCUUGGCACGAACUCCGAACUGACGGAUUUCGACGUUUCCGGCAACAAAUUAGAAGGCCCACUGCCGCCGAAUCUCUGUUCGAAGAAAGCCCUUCAAACACUAAUCAUUUUCAAAAACAGAUUCUCCGGCAGCAUCCCGGAAACCUACGGCGAUUGUAGCUCUCUCACGUACGUGCGCUUCCAAAACAAUGAACUCGCCGGAGAAGUGCCUUCCGGUUUCUGGGGAUUGCCCGGGUACAAGCUCUUCGAGCUCCAGAACAACAAUCUUGCAGGGAGAAUUCCUCCUUCAAUCUCAAACGACCAAGAACUGACAGAGAUUCUAAUCUCCGGGAACAAUUUCUCCGGCGAAAUCCCACCAGAACUAUGCAAAUUACAGAAGGUGGCGAUCAUGGAUUUGAGCAGAAACAGAUUCUCAGGUGCAUUGCCUUCAUGCCUCACAUCAUUGAAGAACCUACAGAAGCUCCAUCUUCAAGAAAAUCUCAUCCAAGGAGAAAUCCCCAAAUCCAUUGAAUCAUGGAGUGAAUUGACAGACUUGAAUUUAUCUUUCAAUAAACUAUCUGGUGAAAUCCCAAGCUCUAUAGGCUCAUUGCCAGUUCUAAACUAUUUAGACCUUUCCUCCAACAACAUAUCAGGUGAAAUUCCUUCCUCUUUAACCAGGCUAAAGCUCAACGGUUUCAAUCUUUCCAAUAACAAUCUCAAAGGGAAAGUUCCUUCCGAAUUCGAUAACUCCAUUUAUCAAUCAAGCCUAACAGGAAACCCGGGUUUAUGCAGUUCUACCCAUCUCACCAAUCUCCCUUCAUGUACCAACCACAAACUCGCGCGUUCUUACUUGGUUGGUAUUUUGAUCCUUUCCGCUUUUUCCCUUGUUGGGUUACUCGCCUGGAUCUUGACAAAGAUGACGUCAUCAUGGAGGAAAAGAGGUAAUAACAAGCGACCAUCAUUGAUGAGAAUCGCUUUCCAGAGGAUAGUGUUUGAAGAAACAGAACUGUUGGAGUCCUUGACUAGCGACAACCUCAUUGCAAGGGGGGGUUCAUGCCAGGUUUUUCGCGUCCAAUUGAGAAAUGGGCAAAUGGUCGCGGUCAAGAAGCUAAUGGGGGAGGCGAGCCGAGAAACUGGGGAAAAGGAAUCAGAAGAGCUGUUCAAGUCGGAGGUGGAGACUUUAGGGAAUGUCAGGCAUAAAAACAUAGUGAAGCUGUUGUAUGGAUGCAGUGGGAAAGAUUUCAAGAUUUUGGUUUAUGAGUACAUGGAGAAUGGUAGCUUGGGAGAUGUAUUGCACAGACAACAAAUAGGAGAAGAAGAAGGAGGAGGAGGAGAAGUGGUGUUGGAUUGGCCCAAGAGGUUCAACAUAGCAGUUGGUGCCGCUCAAGGACUGGCCUAUCUCCACCAUGAUUGUGUUCCUCCAAUCCUUCACCGCGACAUCAAGUCUAAUAACAUUUUGCUAGACAAAGAUUUUCGACCAAAAGUGGCUGAUUUUGGGCUGGCCAAGAUGUUAUACGAGGGCGGGGCUAAGGUGCAAGAGCAACAUGACCAUGACAUGUCUUGCGUCGCUGGCUCAUAUGGCUACAUUGCACCCGAAUAUGCAUAUACACUACGGAUUUCAGAAAGCAGUGACGUGUAUAGUUUUGGGGUGGUACUACUCGAACUUAUAUCCGGCAAAUGGCCAAAUGAUGCCUCUUUUGGUGAAAGCAAUGGUGGCAUUGUACAAUGGGUGUUGAACACCAUAAUAUCAUCAUCAUCCUCUUCAUCAGAGCAAUCUCAAGAAAAUAAUAAUGGCCAUCGUUGCAAUGAUUUUGCCAAAUUGUCUCAAAUUGUCGACCCAAGAAUGUGUCCCUCUACACAUGACUAUGGAGAAAUAAGAAGACUGUUGAAUGUCGCUCUGCUUUGUACUUCGGCAUUGCCCAUUGAUAGACCAUCAAUGAGAAAGGUUGUGGAACUCUUGAGGGACAUAUCCCUGUCUCCAUCUAAAAGUAGGAGAUAAAUCAUACUUGUUCCUAUAUAUUUAUCCAGUUUGAUAUUUUUUGCUCAAACUGGAUAAACUUUCAUUAUUAGUUGAAAAAAAGUUAUUUUGCAUAUUAAUACAAUAAAAUAGUAUUAUGAAAGUUUUUUUGCUUGAUAAAUAUAAUAAAGUCAUGUUUGUAUCAAUACUCCGUAUGAUAAGAUGUAGAGAUAUAUUUAUUGUCUAAAAAAUAUUUGUAUUUUGACUUUUUGCUUUAAUUAUUAUACAUUUUGACCAUUUAAAUAAAUAAAUGUUAUAGAAAUUU